AUGGCUAGGGCUCCGCCAAAUUUUGGAGUGAAUUUGGAUGAUCCAGAUGAUGCAAGACAAGCCGCAACUGCUGUAUUAAUACUAUCGUGGCACUUUCAAACACAUCAGGUUCCAAGGACAAGGCAGUUAGUCCAUACAUGCCUUUUCACAGGUCAGGGUUGGGUUGACGACUUGUUGGGGGGAAAGUGCAUCAGGAUGCUUAACAACAUGCGCAUGAAUGUGCCCACAUUCAUUCAACUCUGCCGGAUAUUGCGUGAAGGUGAAUACAUUAUUGAGGGCCCCUGUGAUAAAGUGACUUUAGAGGAAGGAGUGGCAAUUGCUUUAUAUGGGCUGAGCCAUGAUUUGACACAAAGAGUGUUAGGUGAGCGAUUUCAGCAUUCCACUGAGACCAUUUAUCGACACGUGCGCCGCUUGUGCCAAGCUUUAGUCCGAUUAGCACCUAUUGCUAUCCGACAUAUGGAUACGGAUGCUACUCAUCCUUGGAUUCGGAAUAAUAGAAGGUUUUAUCCCUGGUUUAAGGAUUGCAUUGGGGCUAUUGAUGGAACACAUGUCUCGGCAAGCGUGCCAAGGGGGGAACAGGGUGCCUUUCGUAACAGAAAAGGCACGCUUUCACAAAAUGUUUUAGCCACAUGUGACCACGAUAUGAGAUUCGUUUAUGUCAGAGCUGGUUGGGAAGGGAGUACCCAAGAUAGUCGUGUCUUAUUGGAUGCUAUUUCCAAUCCGGAUGCAGCAUUUCCAACCCCACCGGCUGGAAAAUAUUAUGCAGUUGAUGCAGCGUACCGACACAUGCCAGGAUUCAUGGCCCCUUUUAAGAGUGGACCAGGAGGAAGAUCACAAACGGCACAGAAAGGAUUAUUUAAUCGCCACCAUUCUUCGGUUCGGAAUAUAAUAGAGAGGACGUUUGGGGUAUGGAAAAUGAGGUUCAAAAUUCUGGAUGGUCCUAUGAAAAACUAUCCCAUUGAGGCACAGAGGAACAUUGUAGUGGCGUGCUGCGUAUUACACAAUUUCAUUAGAGAGAUGCAGCCAUACGACGUCUCCUUACCGGAUGAAGUUAAUAUGGAUGGCGGAGGUACUGAGGGAGCUCAAAUGCCACAAUUACACGUCACUCCAGAAGCACUCCAUGAUUGGAAGGAAUUACGAAAUGCAAUGGCUGAUCACAUGUACCUUCACCGAAAUGAGUAG